AUGCGGCUGGGGGGCGCCCUGCUCGCCCUGCUCGCCAGCCUGCUGCUGCUGCGCCUGCUCUGGGGCUCGACCGACGCGCCCGCCCGCCCCAGGCGCUUGGUGGAGGCCACCCACGGCACCCCCGCAGCGCUGAGGACGCUCCGGAGCUCCGAGACCCCGCUGCCGCGCGCCACAAACAGCACCUAUCUGAGUGAAAAGUCGCUCCAACUGACAGAGAGAUGCACGAGUCUGCAAAAUGGCUUUGAGGCACUAUUGAACAAGACAAAAAGGUAUUCAGAGGAUGACUAUCUUCAGAUUGUCAGAAAUAUACAGAGCUGCCCGUGGAAACGACAAGUACAAGAAUAUAAGAAUUUUAGAGCGAAACUUGCUUCCUGUUGUGAUGCUGUCCAAAACUUCAUUGUUUCUCAACAUAAUACUCCAGUUGGGACUAACAUGACUUACGAGGUGGAAAGUAAAAAUGCAAUCCUAAUUAGAAAGAACAUUUUUAAUAUGUUUCCAGUGUCGCAGCCCUUGGUGGAGCGCCCUUACAAUCAGUGUGCCGUGGUUGGAAAUGGGGGGAUUCUGAAUACGUCUCUCUGUGGAGCUGAAAUAGACAAAUCUGACUUUGUUUUUAGGUGUAACCUCCCCCCAACAACAGGAAAUCUUAGUAAAGAUGUUGGCAGUAAAACCAACCUUGUGACCGUAAAUCCCAGUAUCAUAAGACUAAAAUACAGGAACUUAAAGGAAAAGAAAGCAGUAUUUCUGGAGGACAUUGCAGCCUAUGGAGACACAUUCCUUCUUCUGCCAGCGUUUUCCUUCAGGGUCAAUACCGGUGCCUCUUUUAACGUGUACAACACACUGAAAGAGUCUAAUGCAAGACAAAAGGCUGUAUAUUUCCAUCCCAAGUACCUGAAGAAUCUUGCCCUCUUCUGGAGAACUAAAGGUGUCACAGAGUAUCGCCUGUCCUCCGGCCUGAUGAUCGCGAGCGUGGCUGUGGAACUGUGUGAGAACGUGAAGCUGUACGGAUUCUGGCCGUUCUCGAAAACCACACAGGACACGCCUGUCAGCCAUCACUACUACGACAACAACUUACCGAAACGCGGUUUCCACGAGAUGCCCAAAGAGUACAGCCAAAUUCUCCAGCUUCACGUGAAAGGAAUCCUCAAAUUACAGUUCAGCCAAUGCGAAGCAUCCUAA